CCUUCUUGGAAAUGAGUUAUGGCAAAGGGGAGGGGGCUCAGCACCCCUCCGCCCCCAGCAGGUCCCAUAAAAGCCACCGUGACUGAAUCCCAGACACCAGCACUGCACCUGCCAUCCAGACUCGCACGAUGGUCCGGAACGCACAAGCCGCCUGCCUCCUGCUCCUCCUCCUGGCCAGUCUGGCCAGCACUGCCAUUCUCUCCAAGCAGGCAAACCAGCAGACAGAGCUGCAGAGUAUGGACUCUUCAAUCAUAAGCCAGAAAGACUUUAAGGUAAGAACUCGGGGAGCCUUGGGAAGCCCUGCCCACCCCCUCCAUGCUUGCCACUCACUCACUGAUGCUCCUUCUCCCCAGUCCUUGUUUCCAAAACGCUGGAAGCGCGAUUCCCAUUUCUCUAUCUGUGUCUUCUGCUGUAACUGCUGUCAUAAAACAUGUGGAAUCUGCUGCAAAACGUAACAUCCCAUGCCUGGGAUCCAACGUGCAAGUCGUAAC